ACUCCUAACGGCAGCCGGGUCCCAGCCAUGAGCAGAGGGGCGCCCAAAAGCGGGGCCCGCAACCAAGAGCAUGCCCCCUCUGCCCUUCUCACGCCACAGGAAAACCAGAAGGUGUUCCAGCUGCUGGGGCGAAAAUGCACGGCCUUGGCAACAACUGUGGCACAAUUAUUGGUGGCACCAAGCAAUGACCGCUGGGUUAAGCAGAGCUGUGGGGCCCUGUGUGUGGUGAAAGACAAUCCAAAGCGUUCCUACUUCAUUCAGCUGUUUGACAUUACGGCAGAGAAGCUGCUGUGGGAACAGGAACUAUACCAGCAGCUGUCAUACCUCAGUCCCCGCCCAUACUUCCACACGUUCCCCUCAGAUGAAUACCAGGUCGGCCUGAACUUUGCAAAUGAGGAUGAAGCUGAAGUAUUUCAAGCUGUUGUGGAAGAAAAGUUACAGAAAAGACAACACAGACAAGAGAAACGCCAGGCACUUCCGCCGCCGCCUCCAGUGUCAGAUGGGUUGCCAGAGAGACGGAGCACCCUUCCUCUACCGCCGCCGCCGGGGCAGUUCUCCAAUGGCCCUCCCGGACCACUGCCACAAAUCCCCACCCCAAGCGCCAACAUAGCAGCGGUCAGCAUUCAGAACCCAGACAUCACAUCUAGCAGAUACCGGGCCCUCCCUACACCCAGCGACAAGUCCAAAAGCAAGAAGGGGAAGAAGAAAUUCUCCAAAGCUGAUAUUGGGGCCCCCUGCGGUUUCAAACACGUCAGUCAUGUCGGCUGGGACCCAGAUAAUGGGUUUGAUGUGAAUGCCCUGGACCCGGAGCUGCGCAAUCUUUUCAGCAAAGCAGGGAUCAGCGACGCGCAGCUGGCAGACGCAGAGACCUCGAAACUCAUCUAUGACUUCAUUGAGCAGCAUGGAGGAGUGGAGGCCGUGAAAGAGGAAAUGAGGAUGGGAGAUUCAGCCUCACCGCCACCUCCACCACCAUCCCGUAAUGCACCACUUCCCCCUCCCCCUUCACAUGGGAGGGGCAGGACAGGUCCCUUACCUCCACCACCCUCUCGAGGGUCCAUUACCCCUCCACCACCACCCCCAUCUCGUAGCAGCCCAGUGCCACUACCUCCUGGUUCACCCAGAGCACCUCCACCACCACGUACUGGUGCUCCACCACUACCCCCACCUCCCCCGCCACCACCCGCACCAGAACUACAGUUACCUGGUGGUCCCCCACCUCCUCCACCUCCUGCUUUAACUGGGAGCCCAGCUGCACAGCCCUCCUCUACCCCUCGUGGCCGGGGAGCUCUCCUGGACCAGAUUAGACAAGGCAUCCAACUAAACAAGGUAACAGACCCAGUUGAUGCCCCGUCCUCCCCGAUGUCACCAGAAAGCUCCGAGGGGAUAGUGGGAGCUCUCAUGCAUGUGAUGCAGAAGAGAAGCAAAGUCAUCCAUUCUUCAGAUGAUGACGACGAUGACGGGGGCGAGGAUGAUGAUGAUGAUGAAUGGGAUGAUUGAGUCGGCGGUGCCUCCUGAUGAUGCAAAAAAUCCAUUCCUCAUCAUGAAGGCCCACCAAGAUAAAAAGUGAUUUUCUAAACACUCAGAACUACAUCUCCCAGCAUGCUCCACGGCCCCUGAUUAUGGCCUCUUAUUUUUUGAUUGGAAAAUCGCCAAAAGGACAUUAAGGAAGCAUUAAUUUUACCAGGAACUUUCAAAUAAAAGACUCUGGGAACUACAUUUCCCAUCAGUCUCCAAUGUCACUUCCAAUUCUAACCUCUUGACAACCCUCCGACAAAACUACACUUCCCAUGAUACCUGGCAGGCACUUCCGCCGUAAGAGACUUGAACAUUGUAAAUAGUGACUGCGUCAUCUAUCACGCUCGCAGGCCACUUCCGCCGACGGACCCUCCUAGCUUGUAAAACUACAUUACCCAUAACACAAGACGGCCACUUCCGGUCACGGCCGAAAAUUCCGGGAGUAAAAACUACACUUCCCAUGAUACCUGGCGGGCACUUCCGCCGUAAGAGACUUGAACAUUGUAAACAGUGACUGUGUCAUCUAUCACGCUCGCCGGCCACUUCCGCCGACGGACCUUCCUAGCUUGUAAAACUACAUUACCCAUAACACCAGACGGCCACUUCCGGUCACGGCCGAAAACUCCGGGAAUACUCAGUCAAAAUGAUUCCAUUACAAGUCAUUUGCAACAUCAAAAGAUGACCCACUUGGGAACUUGCCAUCUUAAUGUUUAAACUCAUAAUGUCUUAACCAAGCGAUGUCCCUUUGUGGCGGACCCGCACUUCCGGUUAGCUCCGAAACCGGAAGUGACGCAAUCGGGAGCCCAAUUGUAAAUUUAUUAUAAAUAUGCAUUCUCAGGAACAGACCUCCAGCCUUGAUAAAGAGAGACUUCUCGAAACGCGUUGGCUGGGAGGAGGGACUUGGUCCACUUGGAUUAGAAACCUGCACGACCGGGGAAAGGUACGACCGUCUCAAUCCUUUAAGUUUAUUUGGUACCGGGCCAUGUGAGCUAUUGUGGAUAGUCCUGCCGGUUUCCCUGUCUGACGGUUCCUCCCUCGUGGCCAAUACUCCCCCUGUGUUUUUUAAUUUCAUUGUUUUCAUUUACUUGUUUUUAUCCAAUAAACCCCUUUUUAAAUA